UAUGGACAGAGUAGACAUAAAGAACAAGUCAUUUGAAACCAUAACAACAAAUCAAAUCAAAUAAUCCAAAAGUUCAAACUCACACUCUUAACAGAACAGAACCACCAACAACAGAACAAAGUAACUCAUUAAGGUUUUCCAUCACUCUUCAAAUCCAAGAGGCAAGCUUUGGAAUUUUCUUAGGCUUUCUUCUUCAUUACUCUUCAACUUCAAAACCCAUCAAGGAAUUGCAUAUUUGUUUCUUCCUUAGUCAUGAUUUUGCUAUGUUGCAAGAAGGGUCAUCUUCUGUUACUUCUUCAGCCUUAAAGCUCUUCUCCAUGAUGCCACCUUCAUCUGGCUUUGGAUCUCCACACCCUUGGCUUAAGGAACUGAAAUCUGAGGAAAGGGGUUUGUACUUGAUCCAUUUGUUGCUCACUUGUGCAAACCAUGUAGCUGCUUGUAAUCUUGAGCAUGCGAAUGCAACACUUGAGCAAAUUUCGAUGCUUGCUUCCCCUGACGGCGAUACUAUGCAGCGGAUUGCAGCGUAUUUUACCGAGGCACUUGCUGAUAGGAUUCUUAAAGCAUGGCCUGGAAUCCACAAAGCACUCAACUCUACUCGAGUGUCGAUGGUUUCAGAAAAGAUUCUUGUGCAGAAGCUCUUUUUUGAGUUUUUCCCUUUCUUGAAAGUAGCAUUUGUUCUCACAAAUCAGGCUAUCAUUGAAGCAAUGGAAGGGGAGAGAAUGAUUCACAUAAUUGAUCUCAAUGCUGCUGAACCUGCUCAGUGGAUUUCACUUCUCCAAGUUUUGAGUGCUCAUCCUGAUGGCCCUCCACAUUUGAGAAUCACCGGCGUUCAUCAGAAGAAAGAGGUUCUCGACCAGGUAGCUCAUAGACUGAUUGCAGAAGCUGAAAAAUUAGAUACACCAUUCCAAUUCAAUCCUGUUGUCAGCAAAUUGGAAAACCUUGAUUUUGAGAAACUUCGUGUUAAAACCGGGGAGGCACUAGCAAUUAGUUCGAUUCUCCAAUUACAUACCCUUUUAGCCUUGGAUGAUGAAACCAUGAAGAGAAAAUCUCCUCUUUUGUUAAAAACCUCAAAUGGAAUUCACUUACAAAGAUUCCAUCCAAUAAACCGAAGCACAUUCGACAAUUUGCUUGAGAAAGAUUUGAUUAGCAGCUAUACCAGAAGUCCUGACUCAAGUUCAUCAUCACCGGCUUCAUUGAAGACUUCAAAUUCAAUGAACACGGAGAUGUUUCUCAAUGCAUUGUGGAGUUUAUCACCAAAGGUGAUGGUUGUAACAGAACAAGACUCUAAUCAUAAUGGCUCACAUUUUACGGACAGGCUACUGGAAGCUCUACACUCUUAUGCAGCACUAUUUGAUUGUUUGGAAUCAACGAUCCCAAGAACCUCAUUGGAGAGAUUUAGGGUGGAGAAACUGCUUUUUGGUGAGGAAAUCAAGAACAUUAUUGCAUGUGAGGGAUUAGAAAGAAAGGAAAGGCAUGAAAAGCUGGAUAAGUGGUUUAUGAGAUUUGAUUUAGCUGGAUUUGGUAAUGAGCCUCUAAGUUAUUUUGGUAAGUUGCAAGCAAGGAGGUUCAUGCAGAGUUAUGGUUGUGAGGCAUAUAGAAUGAAGGAGGAAAAUGGUUGUGUGCUAAUAUGCUGGCAAGAUAGAUCCUUGUUUUCAAUAUCAGCUUGGAGAUCAAGGAAGUAAGACGAUGUCAUUGCUUGGAUGAGCACCUGAGGUUGGAAAAAUUGCGGUGGCUCACUGUGAUUUUGUCAAUCUCACCGCCAACUCAACCAUGCACAAAAUCAUAAGCCGUAAUGGCAAUAAGAAAAAAAAAUAAAGGAUGAAGUAUUAAUCUUUUUUUCCUUUGUAUGAAAGUAUUUUGUAUUUAUAGUAAUGACUUUGUAUCUUUGUAUGAAAGUAUUUUGUCUUUAUAGUAAUGACUAUUCAUCAUUAUUGAUUUUUAGAUAUA